AUGUCUGAGAAUGUUGGUUCAGGGACAGGGUCUUCGCUUCCUAGUAUUCCUAGACCUACACCUGCUAUUUCUAGGAGGAAACAUGCAACUGGAAAUAGAAGUGAUAUAGGAUGGAAACAUGGGAUUGAUGUUCAAGGCAAUGGUAAAAAAGUGAAGUGUAAUUAUUGCUCAAAGACUAUAAGCGGAGGGAUUUAUAGAUUCAAGCAUCAUCUUGCCGAUACUAAAGAGGAUUCAGAGCCUUGUGCUUCAGUACCUGAAGAAGUGAAGGUUGUGAUGUUGAAAGUCUGUGUGGAGGCUAAAGAAGCAUCAUUGAAGAAGAGAAGAUUCGGUGAUGAUGAGGAUUAUCCUGAACAAACAGAAAAGGAGAAGGACAAUUCUCAACAAAAGGGGAAAGAUAUUCGCAACUUUGUCACAAAAGGAAAAGGGGCUCAAGUUCAAUCAACAAUAAAUCAAAUGAUGAAGAAGGAUCUAAAGGAACAAUGUGAUCAACAAUGUGCCAUAUUUUUCUAUACAAGUGCUAUUCCUUUCAAUGUUAUUAAGAAUCCCGAAUUUUUAAAGUUUUGUGAGAUGGUUGGGAGAUAUGGAAUUGGCUACAAACCCCCUUCUUACCAUGAGUUAAGAAAAACCCAAUUAAAGAAAGCAGUGAACAAUGUUGAUGAAAUGCUUACUGAAUUUAAAGCAGAGUGGAAGAGAACUGGUUGUUCAAUCAUGUCAAAUGGAUGGACUGAUAAAAAAAGGCUUGUCAAAAUGCUAGAAGAUGCCAUAGAAUUUGUUGGUGAAGAGAAUGUAGUCCAAAUUGUUACAGAUAAUGCUGCUAAUUAUAAGGCUGCUGGAGAAAGAAUGAUGGAGACUAGAAAAAGUUUGUAUUGGACACCAUGUGCUGCACACUGCAUAGAUUUAAUAUUGGAGGAUUUUGAAAAGAAGCUAAAGGUGCAUGAAACAACCAUAAAAAAGGGAAGAAAAAUCACCACUUUUAUCUACUCCCGGAGUAUGCUCAUUAGCAUGUUGAGGAAUUUUACAAAGGGAAAGUACUUGGUUCGGCCAGGUGCCACAAGAUUCGCGACUGCCUAUUUGACUCUCACUUAUCUUCAUGAUAAUAAAGGACCGUUGAUGACUAUGUUUACUUCUGCUGAUUGGAAGACAACUAAGGUUGCAUCAACGCCUGAAGGAAUAAGAGUCCAAAACAUGGCCUUGGAUAGUAGGCUAUGGAAGAAUAUUGUCAUAUGCCUCAAGGCUGUUGCUCCUCUCAUUACAGUCCUUCGCUUGGUUGAUUCAGAUGAAAAACCAGCCAUGGGUUUCAUCUUUGAAGGCAUGAGAAACGCCAAAGAAACAAUCAAGACUAACUUCGGUUGUGUUAAAAAGAGUUAUGAACCUAUAUGGGAAAUUAUUGAUGGAAGGUGGGAAAGUCAAUUGCCUAGACCAUUGCAUGCAGCUGCGUAUUAUCUUAAUCCUCAUUAUCACUAUGAACCAAAUUUCAUGGUUGAUGAUGCUGACAUUAAGAUUGGUCUAUAUAGUUGUUUGAAAAAACUGGUUCCUAACCAGGAAGAAAGGAAAAAGGUUGGUCUACAGCUUCCUGACUUUCAUUAUGCUAGAGGCCUCUUUGGUAAUGAAACUGCAAAGAGUAGUAGGAAGACCAUGCUACCUGCUGAGUGGUGGGACUUCUAUGGAGAUAGUUGUCCAGAACUAAAGAAGUUUGCUAUCCGAGUUCUAAGCUUAACUUGUAGUUCAUCUGGUUGUGAGCGUAAUUGGAGCGCAUUUGAAAUGGUUCAUACAAAGAGAAGAAAUCGGUUGCAUCAAAAGAAAAUGAAUGAUUUAGUGUAUGUGAUGUAUAAUUUGAAGUUAAAGGGCAAGUGGUGCACGAAUUUGUGA